AUGAACUUCCCCGUGCAUCUACCCAUCGAACGCUCGCCGCCACACGACCUCCCGAGUCUUGUGUCUGCUCGAUAUCGCACGCGGGCGACAAAGGUGAGUCAAGAUAUCGAUUUCCCAAAGACGAUGACGACUACGUUGAUAACCUCAUUUGGAGCUCUUAAUGGGGGAUAUGACGACAGCUUUCGCAUAUCCCAAAAACGACCGAAUGGACGAAAUUCGAUUGUGUCGAUUGGCAAGCAGCAAUCAAAGGAGUUUGACAAUGGCGAAGAGGAGUUCGAUCUUCCUGAGCCUCUUUUGGAGAGGAACGAAUUACGACUGCCGAGGAUAUUGUUUCGGCAAAAGCAAGAAAAUGAGUUGAAGCCAUGA